CCUUCUUUUCUCACUUGUAGGCACGAGGCUACAUCCCACAUGGCAACUGUGGGUCCACACCUUUGCACACCUGCGUGCUGUGUUCCAGGUCAUGUCACACAGUCUUCUUUAUUUCUCAUUGCCACAUGUACUCCAUGUACAUGUAGUUUAUUAUUGUCCCCAGAUCAUCUCGACCCCCGUGUCCUGCCCAACAGACGUGGCGCCAUGGCCCCCAAACUCAUCACCCUCCUGUGUCUGGGAAUCUGGCUGCCUACCAGGAUCUGCACACACGCGAGUGGUUACGACAAGUUCUCCCUGUCAGCCUGGCCGAGCUCCGUGGUUCCCCUAGGAGGACGUGUGACUCUGUCAUGUCAUUCCCAUCUUCAGUUUGUCAUAUUCACAAUAUUCAAAAGAUCUGGGACCCGGGACCAUGAGCUGCACACCGGCCUUUCCAACAACGUCACCAUCGGCCCUGUGACCCCAGGACAUGCAGGGACCUACAGAUGUUCUGGAUCUUACAACCACACCACAAUAUGGUCAGCUCACAGCAAAUCCCUGAAGAUUGUGGUCACAGGCUUGUUCACAAAACCCUCCAUCUCGGCGCACCCAAGCUCCCUGGUGCACAUAGGAGCCAGGGUGAGCCUGCGCUGUUGCUCACCACUGGCCUUUGAUGCAUUUGUCUUAUACAAAGAGGAGCACACGCAGCACUCUCAGCAGCUUGACGAGGGGAUGGAGGCUGGGAGCCACUACGUCCAGGCUGUCUUUUCCGUGGGUCCUGUAACGCCUGCCCACGCAGGAACCUACAGAUGCUGUGGUUCUUUCAAUCGCUCCUCCUAUGAGUGGUCGGCUCCCAGUGACCCCCUGGACGUUGUGAUCACAGAAAACACUAAGAGUACUCCUCUGUCAUUCAUGGAAUCCACCGCUGAAUCUGACACACAUCUUCCUCAAGGACAGUCCAGCAACAACCUGAAUAUCCUCACUGGACUCUCAGUAGCCAUCCUCUCCAUUGGCGUUUGCCUCUCUGCUUUUAUUGGUUUCAGGUGUUACAUAAAAUAUUACACCACCACGGCAAACACAGAGCCCAUGGAAGGCCAUCGGAUGGAUGAAGAGGGCCCUGCAGCGGAAGAGACACAGGAGGUGAUGUAUGCCCAGUUAAACCACCAGGCCCUCUCACAGACAGGAUUCACUCCUGCCUCCCAGUGUCCCAAGUACCUCUCGGAGGAUCCCAGUAUCUACGUCACCGUCCACCAAGCCCAGGCUGAGGCCAGAGCUGCCCCCGUAUUAAGAGCAGGUCAUUAAUACACAAGGACCUGGAUCUAUUUCCAGGAGGAUUGUUCUCCACGGAUAUUCUUCCUCCCUGUGGUACCAUCUUGACACCUCCAACCUGGCAACAGCAGUGUCUGAAUGCUUGUGGGAUUAUCUUAAAAUUCCAGCACAGCUGAGCAGACAAGUAGCCAUUCUACGAUCCUAUUUUGAUCUUCCAGUCAUUUAAGGUGGUUUGACUAUACCCACACACUCAUCCUGGAUAUCUCAUGAAUAUUAUCUGACUUAUUCUGAAAUUCUACAGACCUGCUUCUGGAAAGCCGACGUAUACACUCAGCCAGUUUAAUCUCUAAAUUCCUCAAUAAGCCUCCUGAAGUGCUGGGAUUCC